CCCUUGUAUAAAUACUUUCCCGGUCUCAAUUCAAAUCCACAACAAAACUUUCUCACUUUCUAUUUCUUUGCUCUCUCUCUUUAGAAUGGAAAAGAAACAGCAGCACCAGCUUCGAUGGAUCAGAGGGAAUUGCAUAGGAAAAGGUUCGUUUGGGACCGUCAGUCUCGCAGAGUCCGACGGUCGACUCUUUGCAGUGAAGUCCGUCAAUCCGAAUUCGUCCAUCCCUUUUCAACACGAAUCUUUGGAGAACGAGAUUAGAAUUCUCAAGUCUCUAUCUUCGCCUUACGUGGUGGAGUACCUCGGCGAUGACAUAACACACGAGACCGCCACUACAUCGUAUCGGAAUCUGCACAUGGAGUAUUUGCCCGGAGGUACCAUUGCUGACUUGGCCACCCAGUUUGGCGGGAAAGGUUUGGAGGAACGCAUUGUACGGUCCUACACUUGGUGCAUCGUCUUUGCUUUGAGCUAUGUGCACUCCAGGGGCAUCGUCCACUGCGACGUCAAGGGCAGGAAUGUUCUGGUGGAUUCCGCUCUCGGCGUCGCAAAGCUUGCUGAUUUUGGCUCCGCCAAGCGGGUCUCCAUCGGAGACGCCAAUUCCGAGGACGAAGGGUUGAUCUUGCCUCGAGGGAGCCCGCUCUGGAUGGCGCCAGAGGUAAUUCGACGGGAGCGGCAGGGUCCGGAAGCUGACGUCUGGUCGUUGGGUUGCACGAUUAUCGAGAUGAUCACGGGUAAGCCGGCGUGGACAGAUUGUGGAGAUGCCGCGGCAACGAUGUUUAGGAUCUGUUUCUCCGAUGAAUUGCCGGAGGCUCCAGCUCAAUUGUCAGAAUUGGGUCGCGAUUUCCUUAGUAAAUGCCUGAAGAGGGAACCAAGCGAAAGGUGGAGUUGCGAGCAGCUUUUACGCCACCCAUUCGUAUCGGCCGGUACCAUUACGGAACCAUCGCCACGGUGCGUAUUAGAUUGGUCUAGUUCGGAAUUUUGCGACGACGGAGACGAAGAUGAAGUACUACAGGAAGAAGAAGAAGAGGCAGAAAUCGGUAACAAUUGUGUUUCGCACGACUCAGUUUCCAACUUUGAAGUUUCUGCGAGAGAGAGGAUUAGGGAAUUAGCUACUGAUAGGAGAGUACUUUGGGAAUCGGAUGGUUGGGAGGUGGUGAGAAGGCCGGGUUCGGUCUGUGACAGGGGAAGAGGUGGGUGUGGUGGUGGUGGUGGAGAGGGAAGAGAAGGGACAAGUUCGGAAUACUCGAAUUUGAUUGAAAACAGGGAGGAAAGAACAGGAGCAAGUUCAGAAUCUGGGAAGUUGAUGAGUGGUGGAGAAGAAAUUGAAGGGACAUGCUCGGAAUAUUUAAAUUCUAUUGUAAGUUGCUUUAGAGUUGGAGGGGAGUGGCCAUGUCUCGUAAUUACCUGCUGUGGUAGUAGUUACAGCAGCAGCAGCAGUUGUGGUUACAGAGAUGGUUCGAGUUGUCAGCAUGGCUUGCAAGGGGAAAAGAUGGGCUUUUACUUUUACAGUUGGUGUAAAUUAUUGUUAUCUUUGUUGAGUCACAUAAUGAAAAUUCAGAUUCCAGUUAAUAUGAUUUUUAUUUUUGGUUCCAGUUCAGAAAACCAUAACUUCACAAUCUCUCUCUCUUGA